CAAGCUAUAAUUAACUAACUCAUCAAGUUCACUAACAAAAAAACAUGUAUGCUUCUAUUUCCUUUACUUCACAACUGGUCCAUGAGCUUCUUGUUGAUUCUCACACAAGAAGGCUACUUUUCCAAAACCAAGCUGAUCAUAAAUCACUAACCAACUCAUCUGUUUUAACAAACAACAAUAAUUCAACAGAUUCAUAUUUUGGAGUUCGUGAAUUUGAUUCUGAUGUUGUGAUGAUACUUGCAGUGUUAUUGUGUGCUUUUAUUUCCUCACUUGCAUUAAACUCCAUCAUAAGAUGUGCCUUGAGGUUUUCAAAUAUAGCAAUCAACAACAACCAAGCUUCACAACAAUUGGCUAAUAAAGGAAUCAAGAAGAAAGCUCUCAAAACAUUCCCCACAGUGAACUAUUCAACCGAGUUGAAACUACCUAAUUUGGACACAGAGUGUAUGAUAUGUCUCUCAGAGUUCGCAAAAGGUGAAAAGGUACGCAUAUUGCCUAAAUGCAACCAUGGCUUUCAUGUUCGUUGCAUUGACAAAUGGCUAAAGGAACACUCAUCAUGUCCCAAGUGUAGACAAUGUCUUCAUCAAACAUAUCGAAAGGUUGGUGAGUCGCAGGUGCAACCAAUUGUGCUCCCUGUGCCGGAAAUCACUAUAAGGAUUCAACCACUAGACCAUGAAGCAGUUGAACGUAACUAUAGGGUGGAAAGAAGAUAAAUGUUCAUUAUAGUUUGAUGGUUUUAGUUACCAUAGAUUUUCCCCAAAUGUAAAUAUAAAUUUAUUGAAAUUUGGAGUACCAUAUUUUCUAUACAACUGAGUACUAAAAUUUAAACA